AUGGCUGGUAGCAUACACCAAACGUAUGAGCAUCAGGCAGUUGCGUCUGAUGGCGGCAAUUAUUAUCGCACAGCAGAUGAUGAAACAAACCUUCGCCAUGACGAUAAUGAUUUAAUGGAGGAAUACUCUGAAAAAGCUGCUCCUCCUCCCAAACAAAAGUUUUACAAAAAGAAAAAGUACUGGAUCAUUUGCUCUAUUACUACAGUCAUUGUAGUGGUAGUUGCUGUUGUUUUAGCUCUUUAUGUUAUCUUCCCCAAGAUCGCUCAGUCCCUGAUGAAUAAGUCCAAGAUUGACGUUACUGCUGCUGGAAUCACAUUCAACAAACCUGAUGCCCUGGCAAACCAAGUCUAUACUAAACGUGAUGGCGAUGACAUGAACUCUACCUUUUACAUGAACAUGGAAAGUGCCCUCUCUGAUACUGGCCCAUUCAGCGCAACAAUCAAGUUCCAUAACCCUGUUCAGAUCUUUUACAACGAAUCCUAUCUCGGUGAUAUCUUCUUGUACAAUGAAACAAGCAUUGGCGGUGGUCAUGGUAACUUGAAUGCCAUCACUCCCUUCUUGAUCAGAGAUCAAGCUGCUUUUGCUGCUUUUGCAAAGACCAUGUUGGCUGUAGAAUCGUUCAAAUGGACCCUCAAGGGUAAACUCGACAUUACAGCUCUCACCAGAACAGCAACUGUGGACCUCAACAAAGAGAUUGUUCUUAAUGGCAUGAAUGGUUUCCCUAAUGUCAAGAUUAACUCAUUCCAGCUUCCUGGUGAUGACCCCAAUGGCGGUAUUCUGGUUGAAUUGGGCACUGUCUUGGAGAGUCCUUCUCCUAUCGGUGUGCAAUUGGGUACUAUCAAGCUCGCUAUCGGCUAUGAUGGCGUGCCAUUGGGAAUGGUUGCUGCUCAAAACGUGAACCUUGCCAAGGGUGAGAACAACAUCCUCCUCAAGGGUACUCUUUCUCCUCACAAUGACACUGCUUCUCUUGACAAAAUUGGUGUGCUUUUCUCCAACUAUGUCGCUGGCCAACUCUCUAAUACUACUGCUGUUGGUGUGUCUUGCGCUCCUGACGGCGUGAACCCUAUCAACUGGCUCUCUGAAGGUUUCUCUACAGUCAACUUGAAUGUGGGUCUUACUGCUGGUGCUCCUCUCAAGAUCAUCAACGGCGUCAGCAUGGGCUAUCUUGACUUGAAGUUUGACCCUGCUGCUCCUUACUCACCCAUUGCCAAUGCUCCUGCUGUCACUGCCAACUUCCAGUUGCCCUUUGGUUUCUCCUUGAAUAUUAGCGAAGUCUCUCAGAACAUUACUCUUGCCAUUAAUACUACCGGUGCACAAACCGAGAGCUUUGCUGUGAUGCAAACGCCUUUCGCUCCUGCUGUUAGCAAUCAACAAAAUGGCACCAUCAUCUUCCCAUUAAACAACACGGCUAUUGCUGGUAUCCCUGGAAAGGAGAGCUUCUACAACCAAUACACCUAUGCCUUGACUGCCAGUGAUAACUACACCUUUAUGGUCUCUGGUAUUGCUACUACCAAGACUAACACACCGAUCGGUCCCAUUGUAUUGACUGGUAUCAACUUUACCGUACCUACCACGCUCAAGGGCUUGCAAUUCUUGAACAGCACAGCCACUGUCAUCAAUUCGUUGGAUGUCACUGGUGGUACCGAGGCUGGCCUUGCUCUUGCUAUCAAUGUCACUAUGGAUAACCCAUCUGAUUUUGGUAUCUCGACUGGUGAUGUGAGCUUCAACAUGGGUGCUAGUGGUACAACCCUUGGCCUUGUUACUUUGAACAACCUUACCUUGAACCGUGGUCAAAAUACGGUUGCUGCUGCUGCUUCCUUUGACCCCAAGUCAUCCGAUGUUGGACAAAAUCUGCUUAGUACCUUUGUCAUGGGCUCCAACAAUGCUGUUGAUAUCUCUGGUUAUGCCAACUCCACCAGCAUUGCCUCUCUUGCUCAGGCCUUGAGUGUUGUCAGCCUCAGUUCUACGCUUCCUGGUCUCACCACUGCUCUGAUUCAAGGUUCUUCUAUGUCUGUUCUCGACAAUACCUUGCAAACAAGCAUGGUUGGUGUUAAGGUCACUAUUGCCAAUCCCUUCUCUGCUGGCUUGAGCAUCUCCAAGGUGGUUGCUGCUGCUACAUUUGUCGGUAUGCCUGUUGGUAACAUUGAUCAGGACAUUAGCAGCAAUCCUUUUGUCAUUGGCGGUAAGGCCACUGCUACCUCUCAAGACUUGAGCAUGAGCAUGAACCUGGAACCCGCUGCUGUUGCCUUGUUGCUCCGUACACUUGCUGUUCAAGCUAAUAUGGAUACUAGAGCCCUGGAUGGCCUGCUCGCUUUGGGUGGCUUCAAUAUUGAAGGUCAAGAAGAUGUCGGCACUGAUUCCAGUCUCUUUAAGGGGUUUGACGUGUCCAAGUUUACUUUGGAUGCUAUGAAGGCAUUGAAGGUCGACCUCUCUCUCUCUUCCACCAUUACUAUUGGUCAAUAUGUCAAUGAUUUGGCCUUCUCUCAAGCUGGUGUUGCUGUUGCCGCUGAUAACUCUGUCACCAAGUUGAUCCCUAUCGUUGGUCAGCCUAUCGUGCAACAAGUCGUGGAUGGCUCUAUUCUCGGUUUUGAGACGAUUGUCAUGUCCAAUGUCGCUGAAAACUCAUUCACUGUGCAAAUGAAGGGUAGUAUCUCCAACUCUGGCCCUAUGGAUGCUACGAUCAGCUUCCCUACACCUCUUACCAUCUACUGGCAAGGAAAGACGCUCGGUACAGUCACUAUGGCCAACAUCGAAGCCAAGGCUGAUGUCGGUGCUUCCUUUGAUGUCCAAGGUAGUUUCUCUGUCAACAACGGUAAUGACAUGGCUGAAUUCUCUGCUUACUUGAUUAACAACGAGUCCUUUGAAUGGGAGAUUGUCAGCAAGGAUGUCAGUGUCACUGCUCUUGGCUUUACCUUUGUGGGCGUCUCUCUUGACAAGUUUGUUACCUUGAAGGGUUCCAACGGCUUCAAGAACGCUGUUACCGUCAAGUCCUUUGAUUUACCUGCCAAUGAUCCUGCUGGUGGUAUUACUCUCACUGCUGAUACUGUCAUCAACAACCCUAGUCAAGUUGGUUUCAAUCUCGGUGGCGCUGCAUUUGAGACCUACUUCACUGGUGUUGAUCUUGGCCCACUUGCCACUGAUGGUGCUGCUUUCUUUGCCCCUCUCUCUUCCUCUAGCAUGAAGAUGAAAGGUCGCUUGAUCCCACAAGAUACCAAGGAAGGCAUUAUUGCUAUAACUACUGUCUUUGGUCACUAUCUUGCCGGCAUGUCCUCUAAUCUUACGAUCAAGGGUGUUUCUGGUUCUGGUAGUAAUGGUCCUGUCAGCUGGCUUACUUCUGCAUUCAAGACCAUCAACAUUGAAAACGUCGUUUUGCCUGGUCCUGCCACUAUCCCUAAGCUUAUUCCCUCUGUUGAAAUGAAGGAUCUCAAGCUGGACUUUACCAAGGAUCAGUGGGCUCCUCCUACUAGCUCUUCCAAAGUCGAGGCUCAACUCAAGAACCCCUUCGGUUUCCCUCUCUCUGUUGCUCAACUUGACAUGAAGGUAGAAGCUACCUACCAAGGAGCCUCUGUGGCCACUCUUGACAUCCCCACAUCACCUGCUUCCACCUCCAACACUGGUUUGAUUACUACUGGUUUCAAUGACAUUCCAUUCAAGGUGACCAACCACGAACUCUUUACUGGUUUCAACGCCUUGUUGACCUUGACUCCUAGUGUCACUUUUGGCUUGAAGGGUUCUUCUAAUGCUAUUGCUAACACUGCUGUUGGUACCCUGCCCCUUCCUGGCGUUACAUUUGAUGUUGAUACUCAUUUAGCUGGUUUCAAUAGCUUUGGCAACGUAGCAACCAUCAAGUCCCUUAAGGUCACUGGUGCCACUCUCCAAUACAUCAUUGUUGACUUGGUUGUCACAUUGAACAAUCCUUCUAACAUCACUAUUAUAAUUGGCGAUGUUAACUUUGAUGUCUACAUGAAUGAAUACAAUGCCAUUGUCGGUAAAGCUUACAUGCUCGAUACUACGAUCAAGCCUGGAGCUCAAGACUAUAACUCUGUUAUGCACUUGGCUGAAGGAGCCACCAGCAUUGAAGCUGUUGGUAAGAUGCUCUACUACUACUUGACUGGUGCUGCUGUACCCUUGACUAUCCGUGGUAGUGCUACUUCUACACCCAUUGUACCGCUCCAGCAAGGCCUUUCUAAACUUCAACUUGCUACUUCCAUCAAUGGUGUUACUACUGGUUUGAUUGAAAAGCUAGAUGUUGUGGUUGAUAUCAAUGAUCUCGCUGCCGGUCUCCCUGCUAAGGCCACCAUUACCAUCCGCAAUCCUUUGGAUACCAAGUUUGCCUUGAAGAGCAUCACUGCUAGCUGUACCUCCUACCUUACUUGUAACUACGCUGGCAAAUACCAAUACACCAACUUUCAGAUUGGUGCCGUCAACUACGAAUUCCCCACGCCUUUCGAAGUUGGACCAGGGGAGUCAAAGACGACUGGUGAGAUUCCUGUCAACAUUGAUAUCGCCAACAUUGAUGCUGUCAUGGCUGAUUUAGGUGCUAUGAAGGGUGUUUACAACAUCACUCAAACAGCAGCUGCCAUUGUGGGUGACCAAUUCGAAACUGACCAUAUGGUCUACAGCCAAAUGAACGUGCCUUACACCAUUUCUAUCCCUGGCUUCCCUGACCAAUACGAUCCUACCUGGGCAGCCAUCUGCGAUUCUCCUCCUUCUGGCGGCAAUGUCCCUGACACACUUUCACUUACUCUCAAUAACAGCACUUCCAGUGCUGCUCCUAAUGCUACUUAUACCGCCACAUCUGCCGCUGUUUCCUCAACAACAUCAUCCGUGGUUCCUGUUAGUACUACUACUACCGACGCUGCUGCUACUGGGGCAACCACUGAAGCACCCAAGCCCACUACAACUGAAGCCGCUGCAACCACUACAACAGAUGCCCCUGUUCAAUCUUCCACCACGGAAGCAGCUGCCCCAACGCCUACAGAAUAA